AUGUUGAUUAAAUUUUUCGACGAGACUCAUAAUGAAGUCAUGGGAGACGUAGAACGUCUACAUCUGAAAACCCCUAAAACUUCCUCUAUUCUAAGACUUCCACCGUUAAUUGUGUUAUACAAUAACUAUGUAUCAUGUAAUUGCUAUAACUAUAUAAAUGUGUGGCUUUCUAAAUUAUAUUUGACCAGAACGUAUGGUGGUGGUUAA